AUUUUACACGGAAGUAAAGUCACGUCACGGGAUGUUGGGGUUAGAUGACGUCUGUAGUCGCUGUUCCACUCUCGCCGAAAAGCAGCUGCUGCGAGUUUAGGUUGAAAACACCAUUGCUCUGGUUCCACUUGAGUCUCGAGGUUCAGAGUGAGCAGUGACAGGAGGAUUGUUUUGGGGGGAAACCCCACCACAUUGGAAAGUCUCAUUCACCCACCUAUCACGUUGACAGCUCUUAAACCGCAAAAAUGGUUUUAGCUGAUCUGGGGAGGAAAAUAACCUCAGCUUUGAGGUCUCUCAGCAAUGCCACCAUCAUCAAUGAAGAGGUAUUAAAUGCUAUGCUCAAGGAGGUCUGUGCUGCCCUACUGGAGGCUGAUGUGAAUAUCAAGUUGGUAAAGCAACUUAGAGAAAAUGUCAAGGCAGCCAUUGAUCUGGAGGAAAUGGCUUCUGGCCUAAACAAGAGGAGAAUGAUCCAGCAUGCUGUUUUCAAGGAACUUGUCAAGCUGGUGGAUCCUGGAGUGAAAGCCUGGACUCCCACGAAGGGAAAGAACAAUGUUAUCAUGUUUGUUGGUCUGCAGGGCAGUGGGAAAACCACUACGUGUUCUAAGGAAAAAAUUUUUAUCGGCACAGGCGAGCACAUCGAUGACUUGGAGCCUUUCAAGACUCAACCCUUCAUAAGCAAACUGCUUGGUAUGGGAGAUAUUGAGGGACUGAUCGAUAAAGUGAAUGAACUAAAGCUUGAUGACAAUGAGGAGCUAAUAGACAAGCUCAAACAUGGUCAGUUUACACUCAGGGACAUGUAUGAACAGUUUCAGAACAUCAUGAAGAUGGGACCUUUUGGUCAGAUCAUGGGCAUGAUCCCAGGCUUUGGAACAGAUUUCAUGAGCAAAGGAAACGAGCAGGAGUCUAUGGCCAGAUUAAAGAAACUCAUGACAAUAAUGGAUAGUAUGAAUGACCAGGAACUUGACAACAAAGAUGGUGCCAAGCUCUUCAGUAAACAGCCUAACCGCAUCCAGCGAGUGGCCCGGGGAUCUGGAGUGGCUACCAGGGAUGUACAAGAGUUACUCACACAGUACACAAAGUUCGCCCAGAUGGUCAAGAAGAUGGGAGGCAUUAAAGGCUUAUUUAAAGGAGGGGACAUGUCCAAGAACGUCAACCCAUCACAGAUGGCGAAACUGAACCAGCAGAUGGCUAAAAUGAUGGAUCCCAGAGUGCUUCACCACAUGGGUGGCAUGGCUGGACUGCAGUCCAUGAUGAGGCAGUUUCAGCAGGGAGCUGCUGGCAACAUGAAAGGCAUGAUGGGAUUUAACAACAUGUGAACCUCUGAACCUGCAAACAGUGGAUGCAAAAGAGUUUGAUGGUUUUAGCAACCAAAACCUGGGCGGAUGAAGAUGGUUUGAUGGUUUUGUCUUGCCACAAGUAAUUUAAUUCUUUAAAUGGUGUAAAACAAUAAACAGGCUCAUUUACAUGUAAA